UGGACGCCGGCGUGGGAGGAGGACGGGAUCGGGGGCGGGCAGUGCCCGGAAGGAGCGAGACAGGGAGGGACAGGGCUGAGGAGAGGAAGGCGAUGCGACGGACAGGCGCACCCACUCAGGCUGACUCUCGGGGUCGAGGUCGAGCCAGGGGCGGCUGCCCUGGGGGCGAGGCGACGCCGUCUCUUCCUCCACCUCGCGGCGGAACCAGAGGACAGGAGCCUCAGAUGAAAGAGACUAUCAUGAACCAAGAGAAACUCGCCAAACUGCAGGCUCAAGUGCGCAUUGGUGGGAAAGGAACUGCUCGUAGAAAGAAGAAGGUGGUUCACAGAACAGCUACAGCAGAUGAUAAAAAACUUCAGUUCUCCUUAAAGAAGUUAGGGGUAAACAAUAUCUCUGGUAUUGAAGAGGUAAAUAUGUUUACAAACCAAGGAACAGUGAUCCACUUUAACAACCCUAAAGUUCAGGCAUCUCUGGCAGCGAACACUUUCACCAUCACAGGCCAUGCUGAGACAAAGCAGCUGACAGAAAUGCUACCCAGCAUCUUAAACCAGCUUGGUGCAGACAGUCUGACUAGUUUAAGGAGACUGGCUGAAGCUCUGCCCAAACAAUCUGUGGAUGGAAAAGCACCACUUGCUACUGGAGAGGAUGAUGAUGAUGAAGUUCCAGAUCUUGUGGAGAAUUUUGAUGAGGCUUCCAAGAAUGAAGCAAACUGAAUUGAGUCAACUUCUGAAGAAGAUAAACUUGAAGAAGUUUCUGGGAGCUGCUAUUUUGUAUUAUGACUGCUUUUUCAAAUUUUGUUUAUGGAUCUGAUAAAAUCUAGAUCUCUAAUAUUUUUUAGCCCAAUGCCCCUGGACAUUGCAGCUCUUUUCAGUUUUUGCUUAUACAUAAAUCAUUCUUUGCAGCUAAUUAAGCUGAAGAAGCUUGGGAAUAAAGUUUGAAACAGGUUAAUAAAGAUCUUUGCCUAGUA